AGAUGGCGGGAACGGGCACUCUCUCAGCCCUCCCUGCAAGUACUGUCCGCCUCAUUGGAAGUACACAAGUGAUAACAUCUGUUUUCAGCGUCAUCAAAGAACUACUCGAGAAUUCUUAUGAUGCUGGAUCAACAAGUAUCGAAGUCAAAUUGGAAAAUUAUGGUCUUGACAAGAUUGAAAUACGAGAUAACGGGAGCGGGAUUAAACUACAAGAUGUGGAGUUUAUGGCUCAGAGACACUACACAUCCAAGAUAUCCUGCCACGCUGAUCUGGAGGCUCUUACAACUUACGGCUUCAGAGGGGAGGCUCUAGCCUCUCUGUGUGCUGUAUCCGAGGUUUCCGUGACAACCAAGAGUGCUGAUGAUGAUGUCAGUAUGACCUACAGUCUGACCAACCAGGGACAGAUCUCUGAUAAGAAGCCAUCCCACCUUGGACAAGGCACCACGGUGACAGCCAGCCAGCUGUUCCGGAACCUCCCAGUCAGGAAACAGUACCACAGCACGGCCAGGAAGAAGAAGGAAGAGUUAAAGAAAAUUGAAGACCUGUUCAUCUCAUACGGGGUGAUUCGCCCUGAUGUCCGACUCUCCCUCCGACACAACAAGGAGACAGUGUGGCAGAAGAACGUGCUGCCCGACCCCAAGGCUGUGCUGCUGAGCGUGUUGGGAAGAAGUGUGAUGAAUAGCAUCAUCAGGAAGGAAUGCCACGACACAGAUCCUGUGGUAGACGUUGUGAUGUACAUCCCCUCCCCCGGCUCGGAUGUCCAGGUGAUGAGCAGGACGUCCACAGACAGGUGUUUCAUGGCCGUCAAUGCAAGACCUGUAGAUGUCAAGGAAAUACAUAAGCUUGUCCGUCAGUACUACUGCACCUGCCACAGUGUCGACACACCGCGUCACCCCAUUUACUACAUCGCCGUCAACAUACCUCCCAGCCAGGUGGACGUCAACAUCGACCCCAAUAAAACCAAAGUGAUGCUGCAGCAUAUGGAUGUUGUCAAGAAGUGCAUCGAAACCGAGCUUCUCUAUGUGUAUGGUCCCCUAGACAAUCAGCCAUCUUGGAAGUACAGAGAUCCAGAUCCAAAGGUCAAGGGCACUGAUGAGGUCGAAGAAUCAGAGGUCAAGGAAAAGGUCACAAAGUACAUUUCACAAAAGCUGAGCAAAGAGGAUGUGGUAGAUAUUGAGAAUAUUCCUGAUUCUGAUGAGAAUGAAAUCAAAGAUGCUCCAUCCCAUGACAAAUAUCUGAACAAUAACAAUGAAGAUAAGAAUGGUUUCUCUGACAGUGACUUUGAAACAUCUUUCAUGGAGUAUGGUGAUGAUAGUGUCUCAAAAGAAAAGCAACUUCCUGCUUUUGAUCCAGGUGAUUCAAGAUCUGCUUCACAUCCUUCCUCUGUACAUGCUGAGGUUGAACGUACGGCACAACAUGCCUUAGAUGUGUCUCACCCUGUUUCAGAUGCAUCUGUGAAAGAUGUAGUCGGUUCUGAACAUCCUACAGAUGGGGAACAAGAUGUAGUCGUUUCUGAACACCCUACAGAUGGGGAACAGGAUGUAGUCGUUUCUGAACACCCUACAGAGGGUGCUUUAGGUCAGGUCGGGUCUGAAUCCUGUUUGAACAUCAGCGAAGAUGUGGCACCCCUCGGUGUUGGGGAAUUCAGCAUCAGUGAUGAUGUGUUAGACGAUACAUUCUCACCAACACAACAGAAGAACAGAGGCAACCAUCGUCCCUCAGAUACGUCUACAAAGAAAACUGGUGAUGGUGUGCCACCUGACCCAGGUAAUGACCUUGACAUUGACCUGACAGAGGAGGGUGUUUCUGUGGAGUUGUGGAGUAGAGGUAGAGGGUUGGCGUCAACCAGUGGACGGCCUGUUCAGCCCGUGACGCUGCUGCCACCGACAACCAAUCACACACCAGGAAAACGUCCACUAUCGCCUUCCCACGAUGCAUCAUUCAUCAAACAGUUGGGACCUCCCGAGAAGAGGAGAGCUGUUGGGGAGAAGACGAUGCUUCAAGGGCAGACAACUCUGUACGACCUGGUAGACAAUGAACCCGUCAAGCGGCAGUCAGCUUUCCAGUUGUUUGUGAAGGACAGAACACAUGAUGUUGCUGAAGAUCACCCAGAUGCUGAUGAGGAGGAAAUUGCUGCCAUUUUGAAAGAAAGUUGGAGCACGAUGCCGGAGUCCCGGAAACAGAAGUACAGGACGUCUGUGUGGGACAUGUACAAGAAAGAAGAAAGAGAGAAGGACUUAUCAACCAGAGUCAGGAAGAAAGUGGAUAAAGGACGCAGCUCUGUGAGGGAUAACCUUGUUUCUUCAUCGAAAAAUGUUAAGAAAUCCAACAAUCGAAAGGAGAACAGUAAGGUCAGAGAUUUGACCUUCAACCUGGAAGACCUCAAAAGCAAAUACACCAGAGAUUUCAGAGAAAGUCAGAGUCAAGUUUCUCACACUUCCAAGCUAACCCUGAUUGGUCCUCUGAAAUCAUGUGGGUCCUGGGUGUGUAGCCGUGGCAACAAGAUUCUACUGGCAAACCCUCACCGAUUGGCUGAAACUAUCCUAUAUCACAGACUUCUGACUCAACAUCAGCUGGCGCCGCAGCCCCUGGACAAGCCCGUGCCGCUGACAGCCAGGAGCCUCGGCGACGAGAGUCUGCUGACGACCCUUGAGAGUUUGGCCAAUGAGAACUGGACUCCUGGACCAUAUGUUGACGUCAGGGAUGAGAGGAUAACGGCAAAUGGCUUCCGUGUCAGAUGUCGGAAAGAUGUCGAUGGACAGUUCAAUGCCGAGCUGGUUGGCCUGGCAACCAACAUUCCCAUGUACAGCGUGGCAGACCUGUCUGAAGUUCUGGACCUCAUCACUAACACUGAUGCCAACACCCUCAAGAAGGCACGACCUCUCAAGGUCAUCAACUUUCUCAAGGGUGAGGCGGUGAGAAUGAUGCGACAGAGCUCGGCUGAACGAGGUCGGGACGAUCUCCUGGAGCUACUGCAUCAGAUGGAGGCGGAUCUCCCCGAAGGCUGCUGUACAUGUCUGCACGACAAGACCUUCUUCCACCAGGUGUUUGAUGUGGGCAGUGUACCUGUAGCUUGUGAUGAUACACUUACCCAGGCUAGUCAGGACUGACACCAGGUGUUUGAUGUGGGCAGUGUACCUGUAGCUUGUGAUGAUACACUUACCCAGGCCAGUCAGGACUGACACCAGGUGUUUGAUGUGGGCAGCGUACCUGUAGCUUGUGAUGAUACACCAGGUGUUUGAUGUGGGCAGUGUACCUGUAGCUUGUGAUGAUACACUUACCCAGGCUAGUCAGGAUUGACACCAGGUGUUUGAUGUGGGCAGUGUACCUAUAGCUUGUGAUGGUACACCAGGUGUUUGAUGUGGGCAGUGUACCUAUAGCUUGUGAUGGUACUCUUACCCAGGCUAGUCAGGACUGACACCAUGUGUUUGAUGUGGGCAGUGCACCUAUAGCUUGUGAUGAUACACUUACCAAGACCAGACAGGACUGACACCAGGUGUUUGAUGUGGGCAGCUUGUGAUGGUACACUUGUCAUAAUUGUGUGUUUGCUAAACACAUCCUCGAUAAAUGUAUGAUUUUGAAUGUAAACUACUGACUACAUUGAAAAUGUUCCAUUUUAUAAUUCCUGUGUAUCUUUUUUAUAUGAAACUUUUUUUUUGCAAUUUUUUCAUUAAGGAACGGACAAGAAUAUCCUAAAAAGUUAAAAUCACAAAAAAUUGACAAUAUAAGUUGUAGCAUCGGGGUAGGUUGGGUUUUAUUUAUCGCACAUUAGGUUUUAUACCAUGAGCUGGAGGCCAGUGAUAUGAAGCCUAGCAAGGGACACAUAAAACCACAUGUUUCAAUUUGCCAUUGUAAAACAAUUAAAACAAAUUGAAAAUUGAUAGAAAACAGCUGUUCAAUGAAGCUGGGGUUAACUUGUGCUGUGUCAGGUGACUUUCAGUGACUUGUAAACACUGCGCGAGAGAUUUAUUGUCCUGCUCAGACUUUAAGUUCCCUCCCAGAUGGGAUACGUAAUAUACGUAACAUGAACCAAUCAGAUCUGGACAUUCUGACAUUGAGGUAAGAUAAAUCUUGUUCUGCCUCUAAGCAGUCGAUAUAUAUUUAUUAGAAUAGUCUAAGCUGAGUGUUGACGUUAUGAGUAACUCUCACAUCGUCUUGUACAUGACAUUCAAUGAACCAGUCAGGAGGCUGUGCCUGACUCUGUGUAGUCGUCUCUACCACUAGCAGUAACGUUCUAGGAAACUGUUCUCACCCAGAACCCCUGGGGUUUAGAGCGUGUGAAUAUAUACUUAUGUUCUGUAUAUUGUAUAUACAGUCAAGUCCCGUUAAUCCAGCAUGGUUGGUUGCAUAUAUCUAUGUUGUUAUCCCCCGUCCGUACGUCCCACCUGUUUGUUGCCGCGAUAUCUCAAGAACUA